CGCGUUUUGAAUUGCGAAUUCAAUUCAAAUCCAAAGUCGCCGUAGACGAAGUUACCGCGUCCAUGACAGAGGACAGCGGCGAGAAUCGCCGCAUGUCGUCGUCUUCUAAUCACGAAGAACCGCCGCCGCCCAUGCCUACAAACGUGCAGGUAGCGGUGCGCUGCCGUCCGCUGAACAGCCGCGAGAAGGCCGCAGGACGUGGCGCUGUCGUGCAAUGCAAGCCCCACUCGAACGAACUAGCCGUGGUGAAGCGCAAGACGUACACGUUCGACCGCGUCUUCGGCCAGUAUUCGACCCAGAAGGAUGUAUUCACGUCCGUAGUGCGCCCCGCUGUGGACGAGGCGCUGGCUGGAUACAACUGCACAGUGUUCGCCUAUGGCCAAACAGGUACGGGCAAGACGUACACAAUGCAGGGCGACCUGUCUCCGGGCAGUGAGACAGCUGGCAUCAUUCCGCGUAGUGUACGCUGCAUUUUCGACGCCCUGGAGGCCAGAGGGGAGGAGUUCAGUGUCCGUGUGUCCUUCUUGCAGCUCUACAAUGAAGAACUCAAGGACUUAUUGGAUCCAGACACAGACAAGAAGCUGAGACUUAUGGAGGACGUCAAAAGAGGCGGAAUCUACUGCAUGAACUUGCUGGAAAUCACAGCCACUACGGCCAAGCAUGUGUACGAGCUCGUCAACACAGGCGUGAAGAACCGCAUUACGUCCGAGACGCUGAUGAACGAGAACUCGAGUCGCUCGCAUAGCAUUUUCACCAUUAGGAUUCACAGCAAGGAGCACAACGCAGCGGGCGAGGAUCUGCUGCGCGUAGGACAGCUGAACCUGGUGGAUCUGGCUGGCUCGGAGUGCGUGGGUCGCUCGGGAGCUCGCAAUGCUAGAGCGCGCGAGGCUGGAACGAUUAACCAGAGUUUGCUGACGUUGGGGCGGGUCAUUACGGCCCUGGUGGACAACCUCCCGCACGUUCCAUACCGUGAUAGUAAGCUUACGCGCUUGCUACAGGAGUCACUCGGAGGACGAGCGAAAACUACAAUUAUUGCAACAUUAGCCCCGUGCGCUGACAGCCUUGACGAGACUCUGAGUACGCUGGAAUAUGCGUUCCGUGCAAAACACAUCAAGAACAAACCUGAACUGAACCAGAAGAUGACUAAGGCUGGAUUGUUGAAUGAUUUUGGGAAUGAGAUUGAGACGCUCCGCGCUGCCUUACGUGCUGCAAGACUGAAGGACGGUGUGUACCUUCCGCUGGAGCAGUUUACCGAUAUGCAAGAGCGAUUGGCAGGUCAGGGUGCGCAAUUAACGGAGCUAGAAGAGAUGCUUAAGGCAAGAAACUCGUCUUGCAAGGAGCUCGAGGAAGCUGCUGAGAAGCAUGCGAACGAGGUAGCAGCACUGGCACUUGAGAAACAGGAGGUGAGCAACAAGUUGGCGGCUACUGAAGUCGAACUUAUGUCGACGAAGGAAACGUUGGAGAAGACAUCGCAAGAGCUACGUCAAGUACAUGCUGUUCUGAAAGCUUUUCAAGACAACGAGGAGACGCUACUUGCGAACGGAGCUACUGCUGCGAAGCUGUACAUUGAAAGUGACAAGCGGGCUGCUCAGCUUGUGACGAAGAUUGAGAACACUCAGCGCUCAGAGGAAGCAAACACAGCACUGGCAACGUCUUAUCGUAGUGACUCCAAGUCGCAGAUCAAUAUGUUCCUGGAGCGACUGGCAAAACACAAGGAGAGUCAAGAAGGAAUGUUUCAGGAUGUGUCAAACGCUCUACGUGAGCUGCAGACAGCUCAAUCAACAGAUGUAGAUGGUUUGGUGACGAGUCUAAAUGCACUGCAAGGUCUUGUCGAAGAGCGGAGAGCACAGGUUUCUAAAGCAUGCGCUGAAGAUGACGCCCUAAAGCGUGCACAGCGUGACGAGGUGACCAUGUCGAUGAAAGAGCAGCGGGAAAUUAUGCAGCAACAGCUCGAGAAGUUCGUUGAGAUGUCAAAGAGCCAAGCGACUGCUAUCGUAGAAGACCUGGCCUCGUCUAAAUCACGGACUGUGUCAUUCCUGGAAAGCGUGCAGUCGACACUGGAGGGUUCUCGCGAAGAGCUGAGCAGCUUCUUAAACGAGCAGAGCGACAAAUUGCUAGAACUUCAGGUCGCAAUUGACAUGUCAAUCGAGAAGCAGUCCAAGGAACUUGACGAAAGCAAGGCAGCACUCGCGUCUGCGCUGAAGGACAGCCACGCUCAGCAACAAGAAGAACUAAAUGGCAUGAAGGCACAUUUAGCUCAGUACAUCGAUAAGUGCAUCCAAAGCCAAGCUCGAAAGCUUGAUGAGCAGACACUGCUCAUUGAAGAAAACUCGAAGAAGCAACACAAGCAAAUGGCGUACGUUCAGACCAUCACGGAGAAAGAGAUGAAGGGCUUCGUGCAGGCCAUAGGUGAUCAAAACUCAAAGCAUGAAAGCGAGACGGUUGGGCUUCGCGAACGUUUGUCUGAAAUGCGACGUCAACUUGGUGAGACUAACAUGCAGCAAACAGAGCUUAUUCGGUCGCACGAACAAUUGCAAACCACGUGGAGUAACGACGCUGCAAUACUUGCUAAAAGGCACACGGGCGACGUGUCUUCUCUAAUGGAGAAACACUCGAAGACUGAUGCUGAGGUGUCGAGCAAGAGGCAAGGAGAGUUGACGCAGUUCCUGGGUGAUCAUGAAGAGCUCCGACAGCUUUUGAACGGCGGGUGCAAGACGCUGGAGGAGGGACUUCAAACUCAAAUCGCGAGCACAAAGGGCACGAUCGAGGCAGCAUCGGCACUUGGAAAGGAGAUCGUUGGCGAAGCCACUGAUGCGACUACCCAGCAAUUGCAAGCAAUGGAGACGUACAUGAAGAAACGAAAGAAUAAUACGCGGACGGGAACCACUCCGAUAAAAAAGGAUGACCGGCCAUUCCCUUCCUUUGAGGCGACUAAGGUUUCGUCUGAGCAAUUGAGCGCCGUGGAGAAUUCAUCCAUCCAUACCAAUGCAUUAAGCAGUGCAUCGAUUUCCGGUCACAAGCGAAGGAGAUUGAGCGAUGCAAGUAUCAACCAAAGCCCCACUGACGACGCCACGCCUGAUGUUGAAGCCACCCCUGCGCAAGACGCACAUGAUAUCCCAGUCAGCAUCGAGCCCACUGGGGCCGUCACUGCAUCAAGCAGCAGCCAGGAAUCUAUGAGCUCUGCAUCCACCGAGUCAAGUACAACGACAAAGGGUUUGGAACCUCGAACUGAAGCCAAACCUGCCACCCCCGCCACUGCAGGAAACACCACUCCGUCCAAACUGAAGAAGGCAGGAUUGUCUGGGCUACACAGAAAGAAACCCGUGGUUGCCCACCCGCAUAGGAGCAUGAAAGUGUCGAGUGUAGGUGCUCGCAAGAUCAUCAAAACGUCCGCCCUCGCCGCCCCGAAGCGGUACCGAGCCAAGUCGCCUCUAGGAGAGACCGCCAAUUUCCGUUAGUCCCAUCUUGUAAGCCUAUUUGCUCGGUGCGAGCGUGUCAAUUUAUUUGGAGUCCAUGCAAAUGAUCAAAACAAUUUAUUUGGAGUCCAUGCAAAUGAU